AUGGCAUAGGCCUUAGUACAUUAAUUAAUAAAUUUGGAUAAUAAUGCUCUUCCAAUAUAAAUGGAUGAAACUUUUUCAAUAAAUUACAAAUAAUAUCAUUAAAUUGGACAAUAAAAUUAAUAAACUUCAUAGUUACUUGAAAUUUUAAGGAAUUAAUAAACUAGAAAUGAAGCAGAUAUUUUUUAGAAUUUUCCUAAAUUAAAGAGUUUGGUUGAUUAUUUAAGGCAAUUAUAUUAUGAGAUUUAUUUAAUAAAAAGAGAAAUUAAAAUAAGUGAGUAGAUUAGAUUUAAUUUACAAAUCCAAUUUAAUACAUAUGAUUUGAUUAUUAAUAUUGUAUUUUGGAGUAUCUUUUUAUGUGUUAUAGCUGAAUCAAUCGUAAAAAAUUCAUAUAUAUUAGUAAUUACAAAAUGAUGAUAAUAUAUAAGAUAGCUAUUUUAGAUUAGAUAUUUUAUUAAAUCUCCCAAUAUAUUCAUUUUUAUUUGCAAUAUUUUCACUUAUGUAACUAUUUCUUCAUAUUUAGAUGCUAAAACAUUUAGAAGAAGUUUUUGUGGCUGAUUUUGUUUCUAUUUUUAAUUUUGAUCCCAUUUUUUGUUAUGAUUGGGUAUUUGUAAAAUUAAUCCAAUGAUUAAGAAAUUAAUUACACAGGCAUAGGAUAUUGUAUUUUAAGUUUUAUCAUUUUUUUGAAUUCAAUGAUAAAUUAAGUAAUGAAUAAUUACUUAGUUCGAAUUUCAUCUAAGUUGAUUGCAACAAUUUAUAAUUGUGGAUUUGCUUAUUUGUAAUUUACUUAAUUCUUUUUAAAUUAUUAAUAAUAAUUUUAAGCAUAAAUUAUGAUUUAAUAGAAACUUUAGUAGAAAAUAUAAUAGAAUUAGUUCCUCCAACAGCUUUUAUUAUUAUUUUUGCAUUAUCAAGAUUAAUUUUUUAUAAUUAAGUCCAGAGUAAAUUUAAAUGGAUCUUAAAUUAUUAAUAUAGGUUACUUAAAUAGAUUCAUAAAUAUAAACAGAAUUUUUAUAAAAGAUUGAUAAGUUAUUUUCUAAAAUUAAAGAAAAAUUAAAAUUAAAAUAAACAGCUCCUAUUUUAAUUAUUAUUUGCUAUACCAUUCUGGAAUUAUUCUGCUAUAUUUUAACAUUUUACUAAUUAAAUUAAGGAGAUAUAGAAUUGACAAUAGCUUUUGCAGUUUAUUUUGGCAAUACCAUUAUUUUUAUUUUUAACUAUUAUUAUGAUAAAUUCAGGGUAUCAUGCUCAUAAUUUAUAUCUUUGGUGGACAUUAUUUUAUAUUGUUGUUUUGGGUGUUAUAUGUCUAAAAUUUUAAAAUCUAUAAUAGAAUAUCAAUUAUUUGAGAUCAUUAUCAGUUAUAAUUGGAAACUUACCUUUAGUUGA